AUGAGUAAUACAUCUAAUAUAGUUGUAUUUUCACUGUCUGGCUUCAGCGCCACUGCCAACUACAAAAUAACCAUUUUCUCUCUCACUUGUCUUUGUUAUUGUCUAAUUGUCUGUGUUAACAUGUCUCUCAUUUUAACUAUAAUAUUGGAUCAAAACUUACACGAACCCAUGUAUGCUUUUAUAUGUAAUCUCUGCAUCAAUGUACUUUAUGGGACUGCAGGCUUUUAUCCUAAAUUUGUCUAUGAUCUUCUGUCUGAUAUUCAAAUUAUAUCAUAUGAAGGAUGCCUUUUACAAAUCUUUGUGAUAUACACAUAUGCAACAAUUGAUUUUUCUGUUUUAGCUGUUAUGGCCUAUGACAGAUAUGUGGCUAUAUGUCAACCCCUGCAUUAUCACUCUGUAAUGUCUGUGCGAAGGACUGCAGUUUUAAUUGUAUUGUCCUGGCUGGUGCCUUUCUGCUGUGAAGUUAUAGUUAUAACCAUGACAUCUACAUUGAAAUUAUGUGACUCCCACAUAGAUAAACUCUACUGUGAGAACUGGUCAAUUGUCAAACUAGCUUGUAGUACAACGCCAGCAAACAACAUUGUUGGAUUGAUUAUUAUUGUUUUUUAUUGUGUGCAUGUCCUCUUCAUUGUGUGUUCUUAUGUGCGGUUGGUAAAAUCAGCUUUAAAAUCCAGAGAGGGGAGGAGAAAGUUUAUACAGACAUGUGUGCCACAUUUGUUAUGUCUGCUUAAUGUCACUGCUGCUUUGCUUUUUGAUGUUAUGUACUCUAGGUAUGGAUCAGCAUCCGUGCCCCAGAGUCUGAGGAAUUUCAUGGCUAUACAAUUUCUCAUGAUGCCCUCUCUUCUCAACCCUAUAAUAUAUGGCCUGAUCCUGACCAAAAUUCGAUACAGAAUGGUGACAUUGUGUAUGAAGGCAGGUCAGAGAUUUAAGUUGAGACUGAAGGCUUGA